AUGGCAAAGGGAGAAACGGGGCAAUUGGCUGCCUCAUCGCUGCAGUCCAAGGCAGCGAAAGCAGCCCCUGCUCAUGCUGCUGCUCGGCGACGCAGUUCCACCGUGCGACGCUGGACCAGCGUGGUAACUUCAAAGUGGGCCUGGAGUGCCGUUGUUAUUGUGGCGGUCUACUUGGGUUUCUUCUAUCGUCCGCGGCUUCUGAGAUACACAUUUGAAAUAGCCGGGGGGCCUGGCUUAAAUCCUGAAUUUCCUUCUCCAUCUCGCCACUUCCGCAUUGUGGUGCGAAAUGCCAAGGGUCACCAGGAGGUGCCGGCUGGGUUCAAGGCUAACAACAUCCGUCUCAGUUGGCAAACUGUGCCGCAUAUCCCAGGACAGUCUGGUCCACCUGUUGGAUAUGAGGUGUACGACAUAGGCAACGGCGAAUAUGAAGUAGCAUAUCGAGAUUUGGAGAACUUUGCGACGAUCGAUUUGGCCAAACUACGAGCUGCUAUCCCCAAGCUAGUGGAAAAAAGCUCUGCAACCUCUUUCCUACACUACGUAAUCAAGGACAACCAAAUCUUUAGGAAGGCCCACGGACCUUUCCCAGCGUUUUCGUAUUUCUCUGACAUGGUCCUUCACCAAUUAAGUGCCACUGUCAAGUUACCAGACGUGGAGUUUGUAAUGAAUGUAGGUGAUUGGCCUCUCGUCGCAAAAAGUUGGGGUGACAGCAGGGUGCCAGUGUUCUCGUGGUGCGGGUCUACUGACUCGUUUGAUAUAGUACUCCCCCAGUGGGACGUUACGCGCUCAACGGUCCUAGGGAACGCGGCUUCUAGCCCGGAUCUUCUGGCUUCUCAGGGUUGGGGCACCCGUAAGUGGAACAAAAGAGAUCCCCGAGCUGCAUUCCGUGGACGUGACAGCAAUCCUGUUCGAGUGCAGCUGGCACAGCUGUCUUCAAAACACCCAGAUCUGCUUGAUGUAGCUAUUACUAGCUGGGAAAACGACGAAAAUUUUGAAGUUGAAGAGCAACUUGGCAGAAAGGGGUCUCUGCAGCUCCAAGAGUUUUCCAAGUACAAGUACAUCCUCCUGCUUGACGGCACAGUUGCUGCCUACAGAAAUCCGUAUCUUAUUGCCAGCGGCAGUUUAUUGCUAAAACAGGAGAGCCCCUACUACGAGUGGUAUCAGAAAGAGCUGUCUCCCUGGAAGCACUUUGUCCCAUUUGACGGCACUGGAGAAGACUUGCUCUCAAAGCUACAAUGGGCAAAGGAGCAUGAUGAGGAGGCGCAACGCAUCGCUGCCAACGCUCGAGACUACGCGAGGAGGCAUCUUCUACCAGAACGUGUCCUGUGCUUUUACUAUCGAGCAUUACAUGCCUAUGCAUCCAGACAGAAAGGCACCCCAGCUGUUACAGAGGACAUGAUUUGGGUACCCAUACCGCAUCGGCCAAAGCGCAAUACGUGCGGGUCACCUGACGUACUGACAAGAUUAGGAAGUUAUCCCAUAGUUCCGCUCCACCCGACAUCAGUAGAAUCAGUUUUAUUCAAGGAAGACAAGGACGCGGUUGUGAUUGCUCAUUCAGCAUUUUGCAACAAGAGUGCUCGUGUUCUCCCUGGGAUCCUAGCCAUGGCGCGGCAGUACAAAGCAGCUGGUGCAGACUUGCUAUUUGCAUCUGCUGAGACGUUUUCUUUGCAAUAUCCCAUCAAGUGGCUUCACGCCGGCAACGGGCCAAAGCUGUUCUUCUUGAAAGCAGGUUCUGCCACUCCUGAACAGUUAAAUGGCCGGCUGACAGUAUCAGCAGCUGUGUCAUUCAUCAAUUCAAAGCUAUCAAAUGCGCAACACCGCAUCACCGCUCCACCUGAGCCUGAAGAAGCAGUUUCAGACCCUAUACCAGAAAAAUGGGAUGGACCUGUGAAACGCAUUGUCGCCAAAAAUUUCGAUGAGCGUGUGUUGAACUCGGACAAGGACGUGUUUCUCAUGGUGUCAGCCCCAUGGUGCGGCUACUGCAAGAAAAUAAAGCCGGCGUUCUUUCGCUUCGCACGAUCAGUUGCUGCGAGCUCAGCAGCGGCUGCGGUGCUGGACGUCGCGAAGAUGAAUGGGCCCACAAAUGAAAUUCGCCAUCCCGAAUUUCCCGUUCCUCACUACCCAACAAUUUGGUUCAUUCGAAAGGGAGAAACCAAACCUAUAAUUUUCUCCGGUAGUGCGACGGAAGAAAAGCUUUUGUCUUUUGCAAAGCAACAUGCCACGAAGCCUGAAAGCCUUGAAGGAGUUGUUGUUCAAGCUCCUGAUUUGCGCACAUCCUCAUUGCCUUUAAUGAAAGACACUCAGCAACAGACUGGCUCUCCUAUCCUCAGCAUCGACACCGAGACCUUUUACUCUGGCGUGCUUGACAGUGACAAGGACGUGCUGCUACUCGUUUACGCCCCGUGGUGUGGACACUGCAAAAAGCUCGAGCCCAUCUACGAAGAGUUUGGGAAGCUUGCGGCCGAGUCGAAGACAGCUAGCGAGUCACUGGUUGUGGCGAAAAUGGACGGCGCGGCGAACCGACUGCCGGACGAGAAGUACAAGGUGACUGGUUUCCCAACUGUGUGGUUCUUCAAGAAAGGAUCCGAUACUCCAAUCAAGUUUAUGGGAGAGCGGACUACCAAAGGCCUUGCUUCAUUUGUGCAGCAGCACGCAACAGCGAAAGUAGAACUGAAGGUCCCUGAUUCGCCGGCAGUGGAGGCUGUGUCGCAGCCGGUUCCGACGGUGAAUGAUGGCGCUGUGAAAGUUGUGGUUGGCGACACGUUCAAAUCGCAGGUUCUGGAUGCAGGAAAGGUAGGAAAUCACUAA